AUGUCUUCUUCAACACAUACGCUUGUUGAAACUACAGAAUGUGACUCUAUAUCAGCACCCAGUAAUAGUAGUUCCUCAUCAACUUUGUCUCAGGAACCAUGGAACAAGGUCCAAUCUUCUUAUGCUGCCAAAAGAAAGCAAAUGCAAGCAGAGCGUAUGAGACAGCUCAAAGAACUAGAAGAUCAAGUAGCUGAAACCUCUCACUGGAAUCAGCGAAGAAAAGAUCUUGUCGUCUCUACUUCCCGUCGCUCUUUAUCGGAAGAUAAUAACAUAUACCCAGCUUCCACACCUUCACCAGGUAUAAAGAAUAAAAUAGACUUGGGAGAUGCUACUCUGGAAGAUUUGGAGGACUUAAUUGCUGCUUCUGCUAAACGAUUGGCUAGUUAUCGACUUCGAAAUCAAAGCAUAAAUCAGCAAGAACCGCUUUCGCCUACCACAAGCCGAAAAAAAAACAGUACGGAUGAUCUUGAUCGCUGGAAAGAUAUACUAUCACCAGAUCACAAGUCGCCUCAUGAAAAGAGUCCUUCUGCUUCUUAUCAAAGACUUCGAAGCAUGUUUGAAAAAGAUCAUGAACCCACCUUGCUUUCUUCUAAAGCACAUCAUGAAAUCAUACCUAGAACAAAAAAAACGUCGAGUUUCUCUUUGGCUGAUCUUGCCAAUCCUUCCUCUUCUUCUUCGUCUUCUUCUUCACAAAAACCUUCAACAACUAGCACACAUUGGAAACACAACAAUAUCACUACAACACGCUCUACAAUGGCCAAUGCAACACCCAAAAUUGAAUCACCUCGUAUUAGUUCAAGCACAACUCCACGCGCAACAAAUCCCUCUUUUCAAUUAAGAAAAGCAACGCGAAGUCAUAGCUAUCAACGCCUAGCAGAUCCUUCGUCUAUACCGACUUCAAUUGAAUCCAAACAAGGUGAACGCCCACGCAAAUUAAGCACAUUGGCUUCUUUACGUCAAAGACAACGCCAAAAUAAUGUAAAAGAAGAAGAAGAAGGCGAUAUUAAGACUAUUGAUGAUUAUAUUCAUAGCAUGCAAAAGACUGAAGAACCCAAACGCAAAGUUAAAUUAAGUAUCAAUGCUUCAAACACAUCUACGUAUAAAAAGACAAUCCCUGCAUCUGAACCUGAUCAAACUGUGGCCAGCAAUGACAAGACAGUAAGGAGAAAGAGAGGAAAGACAUUACCAGGUAAUUUAACAGCUCCUACUUCAAUUGCACCACUCUCUUUACCACCUAUGAAAGUGGAACCACUUCAUAUUCCUCAAAAAAAUAAUCGUACCAUACCAAAGACACCUACACGCAUUCCAUUACCUUCAAGCAUAUCUUCAUCCACCAACAAGACACCUCGAUUAACGAGACGCAACAAUGAGACAACAGACAGUUCAGAUGAGGACUAUCAGAAGAAAACAAAGGCCAAACAACCCAUCACAAGUCGACAACUUCGUAAACCUAAAUCAAGUUCAACAGUCUCUAAUACACCUAAACUUCAAGCAAGUCGAUCCAACAAAAGCACAGAUGACAACACACUCGGAAAGAAUGUAACAGUCAAUAUGACGCCCAAUUCUUCUUCUACUACUAUUACAGCAUCUACAUCCAAACGCAAAGUAUCUACACUUCAAGAACGACUUCAAGGACUUGUGGAUGAAAGUAAAUCAUGGGCAACACAAAUGGAAAAAGACAAACUUAAAGUAGAAGGACAAACAUCCGAAAUUGUCCUUCGUGGAAAAGGCAGUGUGAAUGAAGACAAAAAGAUCAUUGAGCGUCCUUCCAAGAUCAUGAUGCGUGUGGCCAUGACACCUCAAGCAGCCCAAAAACUCUAUCAAUUCAACUUGACAUCUUUUGAGAAACAAGAAAUGAUGGCUUAUGAGCAUAUUUAUUUUGUAGGUCAUCAUGCUAAAAAACGGCCUGCUUCACCUAGCCAUAAUCUUUGUAACUAUGGUUACGAUGAUGAACGGGGUGAUUAUCUGAUCCAAUUGCGAGAUCAUCUAGAUUAUCGCUAUGAAGUACUGGAAGUCAUGGGCAAAGGUUCUUUUGGCCAAGUCCUUAAAUGCUUUGACCAUCGUUCAGGGCAGACGGUGGCUGUCAAGAUGAUCCGUAACAAGAAGCGGUUUCAUGCUCAAGCACUAGUGGAAGUCAAGAUUCUAGAAGAAUUGAUUGCUUGGGACCCAGAGGAUAAUCAUAACAAUGUUCGCAUGUUGGGUCAUUUCAUGUUUCGAAACCAUCUCUGUAUUGCUUUUGAAUGUCUUUCUAUCAACCUAUAUGAAUUUAUCAAGAGCAAUAAUUUUCAAGGAUUUAGUAUGGGAUUGAUUCGAAGAUUCGCUAUGCAAUUGUUGAAUUCCUUGACGCUUUUGCAAAAGCAUAAGUUGAUUCAUUGUGAUCUUAAGCCAGAGAAUAUUCUGCUCAAACACCCUACAAAAAGUACAAUCAAAGUCAUUGAUUUUGGUAGUUCAUGUCUUGAAAGUGAAAAAGUGUAUACUUAUAUUCAGAGUAGAUUCUAUCGUUCACCUGAAGUCAUUUUGGGUAUGAGUUAUAGUAUGGCAAUUGAUAUGUGGAGUCUAGGCUGUAUUCUAGCAGAACUUCAUACAGGCUAUCCUCUCUUUCCUGGUGAAAAUGAGCAGGAACAAUUGGCCUGUAUUAUGGAAGUACAAAAUGUGCCAAAAUCUUAUAUCAUUGAAAAAAGUUCAAGACGCAAGCUGUUUUUUGAUUCCCAAGGAAAUCCUCGUAUUCAGCCUAACUCAAAAGGCAGGAAACGUAGGCCAGGUACAAAGACAUUGGAACACGCAUUAAAAAGUACAGACGAACACUUUCUGGACUUCAUCAACAAAUGUCUUCAAUGGGAUCCUGAUCAACGUCUUAAGCCUGACGAAGCUUUAAAACAUCCUUGGAUGCUUAAAUCGUCCUCAAGAAAAAGAUAAUCAUAAU